CUAACUUGGCCAACUCGAAUUGUUUUAAGAGUAUCAGUGCGGUAGUAGUUGCCACCGGCAAUAGUAGUUGCUUCUUCCAGCAGUAGUUGCUAGUAGCUACUACUUCUUGCGGCUGAUUCUUACAGCCAUGCUGCGAGCAAAGACUCUCACUGUGGUCAGAGCUUUCUCAUCUAGCCUCUCAGAUGCUGACAGACUUGGGUCCAAGGAUAAUCUGGUAUGGAUACCCCCGGUGGCACCCCCGAAAGCCAUGCUUAUAUGCUGUGCAUGGGUGCAAUAUCACGAAACGUUGAAUAGGCCAUUUGAGGCCCAAGAGCACUGGAUAGAGGUGGUGGUACAAAAUACCGUGCACUAACAUGCACGCUUUGAGCCAAGCGUGCCACAACACCUU